AUGUACAAGGAACCUGACUUAUAUCUAGCAGCCAUAAAUGGCGAUCUUGAUCACUUCAAAAGAAUUUUCCAUCAAAUUUCAACGGGAGAUUCUGAAGUUAUAUUGUCUAGGCUGAGCCUUACUGGAAACACAUUUCUUCAUGUAGCAGCCAAACAUGGAAACCAAGCUAUAGUGAAAUUCAUUGCCAGUACGCAGCCAUCUCUUGUCUUAGCCAAGAACUUCAAUGGAGAGACUGCGUUGCAUCUCGCAGCAAAGGGUGGAGAUGAAGCAAUGGUAGAAGCCCUUGUGGGAAUUCUCUCUCAUAAUGAGACAGAGAAGCGUGAUCUGCUGAUGGCACAGAAUGAGAUGGGAAACACAGCCUUGCAUCAAGCAUUACUUUGUGGUAGGGAAUCAAUUGCUAGAUUUUUGAUCCAGCAAGAUUCUGAGCCAUCAUAUGAUCACCUAAACAAGCAUGGAGAAUCUGCCAUUUAUUUGGCAGCUAAAGCUGGUCUUGUAGGAUGCGUCUCUUCUAUUCUCGUACAGUGUACGGAUGAGAGCAGUCUUAAUAAGCUUUUCAAGAAUAAAUCUCCCAUUCAAAUGUUGACAUCGUCCGCUUUUUGCUUGAAAAUUUCCCUGAAGCAGAGGCACUGCUCGAUAUGUCUGGUUGAUUACCAAUGGAUGAACGUAGAUAUGGCGGCAGACGUGGCGAUGCUCGUUGUGGCGGUUGUGGUAAGGGACGUGGAGAUCUCCCAAACGAAGAGGCUGCACGACAGCGUGAACUGCGCGACAUUGAGAAUGAUGAUCUGA